CGGCGGCGGCAGACGGAGCCCAUAUACCACUGCAAUCAAGCGAGUGAGAGAACCAAGGCGCAGGGCAGUGAAUAAUAUAUGGCGUCACUGACGGCCGGUAGAGGUAUCAGCGGCCAUGCUUUCUGCCAAGUCGUUCUGCUACUGGCGGUGGUGCUUUCCCCGGGAGUUGUCCAUGGUUCAGGCUCCGGUGGGUUCGAAAAAAUCUCGGCCAUCCUCAUGUUUGGCGACUCCAUCGUCGAUCCCGGCAACAACAACCACCGGCUGACAGAGGCGAGGGCCAACUUCCCUCCAUACGGGCAGGACUUCCCCGGCGGAGUUGCCACCGGGAGAUUCUCCAAUGGUUUGGUCCCAGGGGACCUCUUAGCUUCUAAGUUGGGCGUUAAGGAGCUACUGCCUCCUUACCUUUCUGACAAGCUGCAACCGAAUGACCUGCUCACUGGUGUGGCCUUUGCAUCUGGAGGCAGCGGAUAUGAUCCGCUCACAUCUACACUCUCGACUGCCAGGUCAAGUGCCGAGCAACUUGAAUUAUUCCAUGACUACAAGGAGGAGCUAGCAGCUUUGGUUGGAGAGGAGGAGAUGACACGUGUUAUUUCUCAAGCCGUCUUCUUUACAAUCAUGGGGGCAAAUGAUAUUGUAAAUAACUAUUUUGCAGUUCCUUUGAGACGUCAUGACUAUGACCUUCCUUCUUAUAUGGACUUUCUUGUCUCUUCAGCGAUCAACUUCACAACGACUCUGAACGUUAUGGGAGCCAAGAAGAUAGGAAUUGUUGGUGUUCCACCAUUGGGUUGUUGUCCUUCACAAAUAACACUUGGAGGAAGUCCAUCAAGGGAAUGCGAGCCGUCAAGGAAUCAAGCAUCACUAUUAUUUAAUUCAAAGCUCUCAAAGGAAAUACAGCGACUAAAUGUAGAACGCAAUAGUUCUGGAUCAAAGUUUGUUUAUAUUGACAUAUUCUACAAUUUACUCGAUCUUAUUCAGAAUCCAGCUUUUUAUGGAUUCAAGGAGGUGAACGAAGGUUGCUGUGGUAGCACGGUGUUAAGUGCUGCCAUAUUCAUUGCGUAUCACAAUGCAUGUCCAAAUGCAAAUGAUUAUAUUUUCUGGGACGGCUUCCAUCCUACCGAGAAGGCCUACAACAUUGUAGUCGACAAGCUCAUCCAGCAAAACAGGAAGUACCUAGUUUGAGGAAACUGUCUUAUUCGGAUACGAGUACAACAAAAAUGUAAUUGCACUCUACAGAGUUGAAUAGUUAAUGAUUAGUGUAUUCAAGACAAUUGGAUCACACGUUUAAAUUUUUUAUUGCAAUUUACCAAAUGGAAAAAAGUUUACUUGUCUCUAAUGCAUGUAGAAAUUUGAAUUGUUGUCGGCUGAACAUGCAUACAUUGGCAUUCAAAAAUAAACCAAUGGUGCUAGUUUAACUAUACUA